CGCGCGGUAACCCGGGCGCUUACCCCCCACGCGGCAUCCUUUGCGCGCGCGACCCAUCCGCCGACUCCACCAUGCGCGUGUGCGCCCAGUGCCCUAGCAUCGCCUAAUCCUCCCAUGUCUAGGGCACCAUCCGCGUCAUCCCACUCGCGUGCUUCCGCGCACGCCUCGCACCUGCCGAUCUUCCCGCGCGCGUUAUGUCGCACGCCCGCGCCCCCGCAUGCGCGCCCUUGGCGCCCGAUCCUUUCUCCGCAUGAACCCCGCACGUCCCCGGUACCAUCCCAGCCCAGACCUCCUUCGGCGUUCCCGCGUACGCCCGCGCACCCGUCCAUCUUGCGCUCGCGUUCUCCCCGCCAAACCCGCGUGCGCGGCCUGUUCGCCCACUCGUGCGCAACAAGUGCCGAUGCGCACCUUUUGCCUUUUCGCUCCUUACUAGACUUGCCGGACUCCAAAGCCACUUCC